UGAGUUUACGAAUCUGGUCUGUGAGUAAGUGGAAUUACGGGAAACAGUGGGAGGAGGGCUUUUCUUUCUUCCCUCCCAUUCUAGCCUUUAUAACAUUCCUGCUGUUGGGAGUUCCAAGCUAGUUAGAGAGAGAGAGCUUAGAGAUUAAAUCCUAGAAUCCCAGGUCUGGAACAGGAAGAAAUCCUGAGGGUUUUCAAGUUGUCUCCAGUCAUCUAGCCAGUGAAAGACAAAAGCAACAUCACAACCCACUUUUCCUGACAUCCUGGAUUAUUCACUCUUCCUUGCCAUCAUUACCUUCCUUUUCCUUGCCCAAGAUACUCAACAUGUUAAUGACUCAUGCACUGGAGUGUAUAGGACUUUAUAAAGUGGACGGGGAGUGCUGUUACCCUUGUCAUCCAGGUUACAAACGGAAAGGGGCAUGUAACAUGAAGGAAGGCACCUUCUGUAUACCUUGUGAUCCUGGGACCUACAUCACACACAAGCAUGUCCUGAAGAAGUGUCUCCCAUGUAAAGUCUGUGACACUGAGUUCGGUUUGGUGACCAGAAGGGAAUGUUCAUCUACCUCCAACACAAUGUGUGGCUGUUCUCCGGGUUAUUUUUGCAUUGAUAUGAAAGAUGAUGACUGUGAGCUGUGUGCGCCUCAUCAAGUUUGCAACCCUGGUCAAUAUGUGAAGUCUAAAGGCACAGAGAGAAAAAACACUAUCUGUGAAAACUGCCAGGCAGGGACAUUUUCCAUGAAUGGGACCCUGAACUUUUGUUUGCCAUGGACCAAUUGUACUGCCCAGGGUCUGUAUAAAGAAAGGCCUGGUACUGCCAUCACUGAUGCACGGUGCUCACAGGAUAGUCACUAUCAAAAUAUAUACUUUUUCAGCAAUCCUGUCAUCAUCAGCAUCAGCAUCUUCUUCAUCAUCAUGACAAUUAUCCUCAUUUUGAGGUGUCGAAAGAAAAAUACCCAAGACAGAGGUAAGCAGAAACACAAAGAGGGUGGAGCAGUGGGGACUUUGCCCCAGGGCAGUGAAUUUAGAGGCUCUGACCAGAAUAGGAAUUCUUUACCAUUGUAGCCACCAGAGAGCUCAUACCUAAAACAUACAUUCAUUCAGUGCAUCUAGGGAAAUGGCAGGU